AUGGAGGGUGCAUCCCGGCAAUCAUCAAGACUAUUACGGUCCCGUGGUAGCCUGCUCCCGCAGCAACGCCGUCUUCCCCGACCAGCCACCCGGACGGCUCUUUCGACGACACAAUGUCGCGCGCUCUCAAACUCGAGCCGCAACCUCGCCCCAGAGUCCCUUUUCAGCCAGUUUGGAGGUAGCUCUGCAGCUUCGCAUAACCCGUCAGGUGGUCCAACCACUUAUUUCACUAACCGACCAACCCUCCCCGCAAACACGAUCGUACGAUUCGUGCCACAGCAGACAGCAUGGAUUGUGGAGCGGAUGGGAAAGUUCCACCGCAUUCUGGAGCCCGGUCUGGCUAUCCUUUUCCCCUUUCUGGAUCGCAUUGCAUACGUCAAGAGCUUGAAGGAGUCUGCGCUGGAGAUACCCAGCCAGAAUGCUAUCACCGCGGAUAAUGUUACAUUGGAGUUGGAUGGCGUGUUAUAUACCCGAGUGUUUGACGCAUACAAGGCCAGCUACGGCGUCGAAGAUGCGGAGUAUGCCAUCUCCCAGCUUGCGCAGACGACCAUGCGAUCCGAGAUCGGUCAGUUGACUCUCGACCACGUCUUGAAGGAGCGCGCCACACUCAACACGAACAUCACACAAGCGAUCAACGAAGCCGCACAGGACUGGGGUGUUGUGUGUCUACGAUACGAGAUCCGGGAUAUCCACGCGCCGGACGGUGUUGUGGAAGCCAUGCACCGCCAAGUCACUGCGGAGCGAUCCAAACGAGCGGAGAUCUUGGAAUCUGAGGGUCAGCGACAGAGUGCAAUUAAUAUUGCCGAGGGAAGGAAGCAGUCCGUCAUCCUCGCGUCUGAGGCUUUGCGCGCCGAGCAGAUUAACCUGGCGGCUGGUGAAGCCGAGGCUAUCCAGCUGAAGGCGGACGCUACAGCACGUGGAAUUGAUGCCGUUGCGAAGGCCAUGCAAGACGGUCAGGAGCAUGCCCAUGGUGCCGUUAGCUUGAGGGUUGCCGAGAAGUAUGUUGAAGCCUUCUCCAACCUGGCUAAGGAGGGUACCUCUGUUGUUGUCCCUGGUAACGUUGGUGACCUGGGCGGUAUGAUUGCCAGUGCUAUGGCGGUCUACGGCAAUGUGAGUAAGAGCCAGGCUAAGAACAUUGCUGCCAAGACUCUCGGUGCUCAGGAGUCGGAGAUUAAUACCACUCCGAAUACUGAAAAGACUGAUGUCGUGGAGGAGGAGUUCGAGGCUAAGGAGUCGAGCGAGACUGAGCCGAACAACGAUGUCACACGGAGUGUCUUGGAGUCAUUUUCCGAGGCUAGUCAGAAGACAAAGCGCUAA